UGUGUGUAUAAAAGCGCUGAAUGUUUUAUUUAUAGAUUACGACGAUAGGAGCUACUGCUCCAGUGCUGCGGUAUAUCCUCUACGCAUUAAAUGUACGAUACGAGCAAGUAAGCAGUCUUUCGCGAGCGUCGAGUACAUUAUGAUAGCUCGGUCGAAGCGAUCAUCUUGCCUCCUCCUCCACGAUCAGAGUCAUUGCGAAGAUGCGCGCCGGACAUCGAACAAACGCCCUAAUCGGAUAAAUACUCCUGUACCUGAAUGAUAAGUCACACGCGACGUAUUUCUCGUGUGCAGGCCUGCAGAGAAUGCGGGUCGAGGCUCGAUUAAUUUUUACAAUUUAUCAUCGGUAAUUAUUUGAAGAACUUUGGUCCAUAAUUUAAAUAUGAACUCAAUAAUUCAUGUUGAAUUCAAAGUCUUACUUGCUACGAAACAUCGUCAACAAGGCACUUUUUUCGAUUAAUACACUACGCACUAAUGCGAGUGGCGACUUAUUCAAAUGACUCACUAUACGUAACGUAAUUACGCAGUUAGAAUUAACGUGACUCGUGGCAAAUUUUUUCAUUGUUAUCUCACAGUCUUGAGAACUUGAGCGGCUACUAUAGCCUCGAUUUCUAAGAAAAACGUGCGACAUCGCGAUGCUGCUUCUACUCGAUUAAAAGGACAAUGAAACUCUUUGACAUUUUUCAACGUUUAAAUGCUGCCUUACGUGCAGCGAUUUGAAUUUCCGCACGUUUUGUCAAUUAACAGUCUGCCACAGAGGGCAGUACACUGCAGCUAUUGAUCGGCGACGGUACAUACACAUAGCACGUAUCCUAAUACACAGAGGCAGGAGCAGCAGCAGCGGUGUGGCGGCGACGGCGGCGGCGUCGCGACGACCACAAUACUACAUCAUAUAUACGUAGCAGAUGAUAUAUACCAUAAUAUAUACGCGAGUGAAUAAACUUGACGUUUCGCCGAUCGAAUGAAUUGAAAAACAACGAAAAAACGACGCUUAAAUAAGUGCGUGACAUUUCGGAAUUUGGUUGUUUGAAUCGACACACGCCGAGAGUCUGUAACGUUUUUUCGCGAUAUAAACAGCGAACCUGUUGUUUACGGAGCUGAGACUCGAUUAUAAUAGUAACCUUGCGAGUAGCGAGUCGCCCCGGUAGUUUGGAGCGUCCUACUUGAAAUACAAGCUGAGUUUUACAUGUGAAUCGAGCAAAAAUGCAGAGCAAUAUGACUUCUCCGAUUUUGGACCUAAAUGUGGAUCCCUCGAGGCAGCGGUAUCCAUUUUGCAUAGUAUGGACUCCGAUUCCUGUGCUAACAUACCUGUUGCCUUUCAUCGGACAUAUGGGUAUUGCUAAUUCUGGUGGAGUUAUAAGAGACUUUGCUGGUCCCUAUCAUGUUUCAGAAGAUAACAUGGCAUUUGGAUGGCCUACACGAUAUUGGCAACUUGAUUAUACUAAGGCUAAGGGUAGAGUACAAGGUUGGGAUUCAGCUGUACACGAAGCCAGUGAAAUUUAUAAAGGAAGAAUGCACAAUUUACUAUGUGAUAAUUGCCACUCACACGUUGCAAGGGCUUUGAAUUUAAUGUCUUAUGACAACUUAGUCAAUUGGAAUAUGGUCAAGCUAGCUCUGUACAUGCUGAUAUUUGGCAAGUUUGUUAGUUUUUCAGCAAUGGUCAAAACCUGGGCUCCAUUUAUAGUUAUAGUUACUAUUAUUAGUUUACUAUGUACAUUGACUUGAAAGACUUAUUAAGAAUUAUUUUUAAAAUUUUUUAUUUAAAAAAUCUUGAUGUA